AUGAACGCCAACUCUUACCGUGCGAUCGCGCCAAAAAGCAACAUGAGCGCGCAUACCCAGACGUUGAGCGCCCGCACCAUCGACAGCUCACCCAUCUCCCCUACAUCCAUCAAGAGCGAGUUUAAAUCACCCUCGAAUCAUCUCGAUGAUCCCACUUCGAGCGUCCCGUCAGUUGCGCAAGGCAGUCUAGCUGAUGACGGUGGCAAUACCCACUUCGCUCCUGCCGCGCCCAAACUGACUCAAGAUGCGAGCUUCGAGGCCGCAUCUUCGCCAUCUCGGUCACCAUGUCUCAAGCUGCGUCUGGCGCCUCGCAGAGCAGAGACGGCAUCUCCUCAGACAGAGAGCGUGGAGCCAGCCACCACACUAGAACCCAACAUUCGCUCGUCUCCCUCAAAUUCUUCCAGUUCCUGUCUCAAGCUGAAGCUGCGCGGCAUCCAAGCGGCCAUUAAAGAGUCCUCCCACACCACCGGUAGCUCCUUCUCUCUCUCUGAUGCCGCGCCCACUCGCAAGCGCACCUCUUCUGAGGCAACAUCCGGCGAUGACUUUGAUACCGACUCAGAGAUCGACAUUAUGCCACCCAGCAGGAAGAUCAUCAAGUCUACUGUCGAGCAGCCGGUAAAGCGCACCGCCUGGCGCAAAGCUAAGAAGGUGAAGACGAUCGCCAAGAACAGCGACUACGAGGACGACGCUGUGUUCGAUGCAGCUGACGAGGACAGCUCACCCACUUCUCCGCCCGACAGCAAGCUCGUCCUCUCCAGCAAUGUUCUCAAGCGCUCUGAGCGCAUGCUGGACCUCACCAAUCCCGACCAUGCAAAGCUCAUCGCCGCCGCUACAAAGGCUGGACCAGAUUACUACAGCAGCGACGCUGAUGAGCUGCCUGGUAACGUCAAGGAGACAAACAAGCCUCACCUCUUCCGCAACGUGAAGUGGGGCUUCCUAGCAACCGACCACUCGAAUCCCUCAGACUUUACCACCGAGCCUGAGUUCACGCAAUUUGUACCGGGCCGCUUCGAGCGCCUACCCGACGGCACCGCCUCUGACCAAAAGCACAAGCUAAUCAUCAAGCUUACCGACAAACAACACCGCCAGCGCAUCUUUCUCAACCCACCGCCUCGAGACUGGAACAACCAGGAGGCCAUCACUGCGCUCAACAAGCGCACCGUGCAACAGAUCCGCCGCAACACCAGCGUGAGGUUCAGGGAGGUGGUCGAGCCGUACAUCAAGGAGGAGAGAGUAUGGAUUCUUGCCCAUUUGACGGACGGGAAGCCUACAGGUGGAUGGAAGAGGUUUGUCGACGCCUUCAACAGGGAGUUUGAGGGCAAGACAAUGGAUGGGUGCAAGGUAGUGAGGCCGAAGAGGAGCCACUCGAGCUUGACCAAGGAGGUUGAGCGGUUUGGGACUAUGUACGCGAAUGGUGUUGUGCCGAAAACAGUGUCGCAGACCAAGGGCAGGACAAAGGGUAGGAAGUGA